CGGUUACAAGUCUGAAGCACUAACCAGUAGGCCACGGGUUACAGUACCAUAGAAAUAUAAAUACUCUAUCCAUCUCUUACUGUACCAUAGAAAUAUACGCUAUCCAUCUCUCACUGUACAAUGCACAUGUCUUUGGCCGGGACUUUCACAGUAACUCUUUGUACGUGUGGCAUAUGACGCAUGUAGAUGGGCCUGGGUAAUCCCACUCUGGCGUUAUCAAAAAGAGCGCUAUACAGCACAUUCAUGUAUUGAAUGGUAUCUGUAGCUCUAAUAUAAUGGCAGUGCUAAUAGCAGCCAUCGGGUGACCCAGCAUAGUUGGAGGAUGUGAUCACAGACGUCUGAUGCGUUUAGUCUACAUAACUCAUGUCAUGUAAUUGUCCACAGAUUUACAGCAGUUAGAGCUCUACUCUUUGGGUCUAAAUGAAAUCAUAGCUUUGUGUAGCGGGACAAAUUAGCGCUCGAGGAGCACGUUCAUCACUGUCAUGUGCCGGACUUUUACCUCCAUUGAUCAUCUGUGGAGUCCACGUCACACACACACACACACAAAUAUACAGUCACACACACACACAGUCACGCACACACACACAGAGACACACACAGACACACACACACACAGAACCCACAGAAGCCACUGGCUUCCUACACCGCUAGCUAAAUAAGUCCAGGCUCGUGACAAAUCCCGCUAUUCCCAGGAUAUUCCGGAGCAUUCCUCGGCAUGUUUGGCAGCGUCGGCCAUUGCAGUCUCCCCUCGGAGAUCGCUCUUUUAUGUGAAAGAAUGUUGAACGGCCGAAGAGGACUGACCUGUCUGCGCCGAUUCUCAUCCAGAGCUUCGGAUGGCUCACGUUUAACAGGCACUGCCAUGUCCCGGCGAAGUAUGAGGUUACUGACGAGCGGUUAUUACCGUGACGAUGGCGAAAUGAAGGAGAGCAGCAGCUCUCACCGUGUGUCUUACCGAGAGAGCCCUGUCAGGGUGUUUAAGAGGAGGACCGUCUCUCAGAGGCAGACUCUGUCCUGUAACGGGUCACAGGUGACCACUCUCUCCCUCCCCCACACCGGGUCUCAGACGGCAGCAUCCUGCCUCUCCUUCAGCUCUCUGGCCAGUAAGGAGAGUUUGAGAGGUGUGGCUUCUGCCCUGAAGGCAGCCACUCAGAGCCAGAGCCAGUACAUUAGCCCCGCCUCCCGCUUCAGUGCGCCCUCUGUGUCUCGCUCCUCCUCCUCUGGCCUGCUGUGUCCAUCUGAGCCCACUGGCACCGGUGGCAGCUGCAGCUCUGGGCGCCCCCUGCUGGACCAGUCGUGCGUGACCUCUGGAUACUCGUCCUCAGAAGGGUGUGAGGCCGACCUGGCCCCCACCUGGAGGAAGAGGAGCAGGCUUCUGAGCAGGAGCCAGCGCACCAGUUCUUCUCGGAUGUUUUGUGGUGAUGCUGAGUCUGUGGACACAAGUUUCACACGAGUGCUGUUCGCUGGUCUUGCCCUGCUCUGCUGCAACUUCUUUGGCCUCCUCAGGGAUGUGCUGCUUCUCAGCAGUUGUGGCCAGCACUUGAGGAAGCCGGCACUGACUGUUCUGACUUUGACCCUUAUUGCUACUGGACCCAAGGAUCGUGACGGAUUUCAACGUGUUCCGUAAGGAAGUCCUGGACCGCAUCAACCAAGGAGAGGCCAGAUGGAAGGACAGCUGGACUCGAGAACUGGAUGAUGUUAAGCGAGAGAUCGGCCUUCUGCAGAAGGAUGGAGAGACACAGACACAUGUCUGAGAUUCUGAGUGCAGAAAUGACUCCUUUUAAGGAUGUGG